UCCGAAUUAACGCUCGAGAAGUUUUCGUGCAAUAUAAGUUUCUACUAUAAAGCCAAUUACUUUGAUUGAGUCAUGGAGGGAAGUACAAGCAUGACGAUAGCUCCUCAACGCUAUCGAGGCGUUCGUCAAAGAAAAUGGGGGAAAUGGGUAUCCGAAAUCAGAGAACCGGGCAAGAAAACGCGUAUUUGGCUCGGAAGUUACGAGUCAGCAGAGAUGGCUGCAGCUGCAUAUGAUGUAGCUGCAUUUCAUUUCAGAGGAAAUGGACCUCACUUGAACUUCCCUCAAUUAGCCCAUACCUUACCUCGCCCCGCGACCUCUAGUGCGGAGGAUGUUCAAAUGGCAGCGCAGGAGGCGGCUACGCGCUUUAGAGGGCCCGUCAAAUGUUCGGACAUGACGAGCGUAGGCGGCGGCUCCAGUGGUGGUUUGGGUCCGGUCAGAAUUGGGCUGUCACCUAGUCAGAUUCAAGCUAUUAAUGAGACACCGUUGGAUUCACCAAAGAUGUGGAUGGAAUUGGCUGGGGCUUUGUUGUUGGCAGAGCCUAUGGUAACUACAGAUGAUUUUGAGUUUGAAGAUUUUGAUCUAGACACCUCAAUUUGGGACUAUUAGACAAAGUUUAUAGGUACAGAAGUUAUACAAU